AUGACAUCCUCAAUUCCUACUCAACCAUCACUGGUUUCAAACUCCCUAGGAAACAUCAUUGUUGUUUCCAAUAGGUUACCCGUCACCAUCAAUAAAAAUGAAAAGACUGGUAAAUAUGAAUAUAAAAUGUCAUCUGGUGGGUUAGUCACUGCUUUACAAGGGCUUAAAAAAACUUCCACUUUCCAAUGGUUCGGUUGGCCAGGUCUAGAGAUUCCAGAUGAUGAAAAAGAUCAAGUCCGUCAAGAUUUGCUAGAACAAUUCAAUGCAGUUCCAGUGUUUUUAUCCGAUGAAAUUGCUGAUCUUCAUUAUAAUGGGUUUUCUAAUUCCAUUCUUUGGCCACUUUUCCACUAUCACCCAGGUGAAAUCAAUUUCGAUGAAAAUGCUUGGUUAGCUUAUAAUGAAGCCAAUAGAACUUUUGCUAAAGAAAUUUUGAAACAUACAAACGAUAACGAUUUAGUUUGGGUUCAUGAUUAUCAUUUGAUGUUAUUACCUCAAUUGAUUAGAAAUGAAUUGGAAAAAAAACAUUUGAAAAAUGUCAAAUUAGGUUGGUUCUUACAUACCCCAUUCCCAUCUUCAGAAAUAUAUAGAAUCUUACCAGUAAGACAAGAGAUCCUUAGAGGUGUUCUAAGUUGUGAUUUAUUAGGUUUCCACACUUAUGAUUAUGCAAGACAUUUCUUAUCCUCCGUUCAAAGAGUACUCAAUGUAAAUACUUUACCUAAUGGUGUUGAAUAUCAAGGCAGAUUCGUAAACAUAGGUGCUUUCCCAAUCGGUAUAGAUGUAGACAAUUUCACACAGGGGUUAAAACAACCUCAAGUUAUUGAAAGAAUUAAACAAUUACAAAAGACCUUUAAUGGUUGUAAAAUUAUCGUUGGUGUAGAUAGAUUGGAUUAUAUUAAGGGUGUCCCACAAAAAUUGCAUGCUAUGGAAGUAUUUUUAAAUGAACAUCCAGAAUGGAUCGGCAAAGUUGUUCUAGUACAACUGGCUGUCCCAUCUAGAGGUGACGUCGAAGAAUACCAAUAUCUAAGAUCCGUAGUUAAUGAAUUGGUAGGUAGAAUCAAUGGUCAAUUUGGAACUGUUGAAUUCGUACCAAUCCAUUUCAUGCAUAAAUCAAUACCUUUCGAAGAAUUGAUCUCACUGUACGCUGCUAGUGAUAUUUGUUUAGUUUCAAGUACAAGAGAUGGUAUGAAUUUAGUCUCUUACGAAUAUAUCGCUUGUCAACAAGAGAAAAAGGGUUCUCUAAUCUUAUCUGAAUUCACAGGUGCAGCUCAAUCCCUAAAUGGGGCCUUGAUUGUAAAUCCUUGGAAUACCGAUGAUUUAUCUGAUGCAAUUAAUGAAGCUUUAACUUUACCAGAAGAAAAGAAGGUUGCAAAUUGGGAAAAAUUAUACAAAUACAUCUCAAAAUAUACUUCCGGUUUCUGGGGUGAAAAUUUCGUCCAUGAGUUAUAUAACACUUCAACUAAUCAUAAAUGA